AUGGGAUGCGAUAAAAACCAGCCCAGCCUUUUAUAUUCACGCUACACAACGAGUAGCGGAAAGGCGGAGAAAAAUCGCUACUUUUUUCGCCAUCCGCUAUGCAAAGAAAGAUCAGAGAGGAAAUACAAAGCAGUAAUGAAGUUGUUUGAUGGGGAGGGUGGUCCAAUCAAAAAGGAUGGGGCCAGCGAAGAAGUUAGCGGUAAGGGUUGGGAGGACGUGAGAAGGGAAGGGUGGUAA